GAAACCAGAUUUCGAGUGUUUUUUCAGUACAUUGCGGAGUGGGGAAGUUGGUACUCCUCAUUUCUUUCAAUGGGGAAUAUCUCUUCAAGAGAUUGGUGGCAAUCGUUGAAGACGAUCUUGCUCGCUAACCGGUGGAGGAGGUGGGGCCCACUACGUGUUCCAUCAAUCGAGUUCAGAUCCUGCGGGGAAGACGACUCCGCUGGAACGGUUAAUGCAGAUCAGUUUAAACAGAUCGAUAGGUGGGCGAUUCUGGACUUCACCACAUCCGAUCGCUGGUAUCAGCUCGACGUCGAUCAAUUCACUGAAAGGAUCGUCGACUCAGCCGCCAGGGUCGGCGUUGGCAUGAACCGGCAAUUCCUUUUCCAUGAGCAGUCUAACGUUCGCGUUCUUUCCGACGAGAAGCAACUAUACAAUGUACUGAAACAUGUCUAUGAACGCGCUGAAGGGAAGCUGCAGAUUCUCUUCUGCCCCAUGGAGAGCUGCCAUAAGGGCUUCAACUCCCUCAAGUGGAUAUGCAAAACUGAGAUUGAGUUAGUUACACAAUGCUUCUUGAGCCCCCACGCCAACCAGGGCAAGGACAAGGACUAUAUGGUUCUUGCUUCCAACAUCAAAAACAAGAUUCAAGGUUCCCUGCCUGGACAAUCACCAAGUCAUAAUCAUGUGUGCUGAUAUGAACAGCAACAGAGUACUCCGGGUAUAUCGAUUGUGGCCGUCAUGGCAUCGAUGAGCUGGAAUUAGUAUUAGUGUACCUUCCAUUAGAUUGUAACGACGGCUAGAGUCGGCCAGAAGAGCAAAGUGGUAAGAAUUAGUGGGCCUGGUCAAGAUGUUUAUUUGAAAUGCACCCCAACCACUGGGCGCUUAAAACUCAACUCUAUCUAUGAUUUAGGUAGACCACAUGAUUGAAAAUAGUGUACAGGGAAUUGUUCACCUUCCAACUUAUUUUCCUUAGCAUGACCCACCUAAAUGUGGAUGGGCAUGUUUUUUGGUCCAGCCCUGAAUUUUUGUGUGGCAUUAAAUGGUUUGAUUAGAUUUUGUAUAAUAAUCACAAUUGACUUCGUAGAAAUAAAGGGUGGAUGUAUCUUUCCCAACUGUUUUCUUCUAUAAGAUAUCUAAAUCAUAGGUUAGCUUGAAUUUUUGGCCUUGUG